CAGAUGGCUACAACAAUGACAAACUGCCAUGUGGGAAAUCGUUUUGUCCAACGAACCAUGGUGGAAUUAGCCAUUACUAUUGCUCUCUAUAUGACUCAUUCUGCACAGAGAUGUAAACAAUGGUUAAAUAAUUGUCAUCGAUCUGACUUGGAGCCAAAAACCCCUGAGGAGUUACACAAUUCCUUCCAAAUUUGUGCAAAUCAUUUUGAGCCUUCCUUGAUUUGUCGUGACAGCACUUUAAGAACAUCCUUGAAAGAGGGUGCUAUUCCAACCAGAUUUGAUUUUACAAGCCAUUUGAACAAUCCAUCAGGCCACAAACGGAAUAAAAGAAUAAGAGAACCUGCUGAGGCAGAGCUUGCAUCCUUGAAGAAAGCUAAAGGGGAUUGGUUUGAAGAUGAUGCUCCAUCUGAGGUGAAAGAUAAACCAGGAGAGAAUAGCGCAACAUGUGAUUUACAGCAAGAGGAACAAAAGAGAGAGGAUGUCGCUAACUCCAAAGCAAAGGAAAUCCUUAAAGUCUACUUUAAGGAAACCCUUGCCUUCACUGGAUUCAGCAUAGGGAACGAUGCAAACCCCAACACAGAUGAACCGAUGGGAGACCACAGAGGACAACAGUCUCUCAACCCCAUCUGUGUUGAAAAAAUCGACCAGAAAGAAGUCCUCCAGUUCAGUGAGGACCUCAUGCGGGAGGAGAUCCGGAACAGUUUGAGGUUGGCACGCUUUUUCUCCAUCCUGCUUCAAGAUGUGACAAACAUAGAGGGAAAAGAUCAGAUCCCAGUUUUCAUCAGGUCCGUCACCGUGGCAGGGUUCCCCCAGAAACACCUCAUGGGUUUCCUGCCCUGUUAUGCAGAUGCUGAGGGUCUGUUUUACAUGCUGCUCUCAGAAAUUCGGAAUAAGUGGGGGCUGCGGAUGGAGCAUUGUCGAGGACUUACCUACCUGACCACAGGUGGUUUAUGUCAGAAAAUGAAGGAUCUCACCAGCAGGAUUCUGCAGGAGUUUCCUCAGGUAGUGCUAGCACCUAGUGACCCAUAUGCCUUUAACAUGUGGCUAAUCCGCUCCAUGCCCAUACCUUAUAUCCAGAAGGUUGUGAACACAGUGGAGGACGUUGCCAAAAUAAUUAGAGGAUCCCCAGAUCUUUGGGAAAGACUGGAGGUGAAAAUCAAGUCUUCAUACAGCCACCUUAAAGGUGAAGUGGACAGGAUCAUAGAGGCUUCCCAGAACACCUGGGAGUAUGGUGUUGAUGCCUUCCAGACCAUGUUGGACAUUCUUGAACCAUUCCUCGCCUGCAUCAACGAGGUGUGCUCGGCUGCGAACGCAGACACCGCUACUUGUGAGCAGAUGGCCAAGCUCAAGCCGAUCCUGAAGAACUUCAAUUUCAUUAUCACCCUGGUUGUUCUGAAGAAUACCCUCUGUUGCGUGAGUAUCCUCAACCCGAGUCUCAGGGGAGCCAUCAGCAUCAGCAGCACCUUGCAGUACACAAUCUCCAACGCCUUAAAGCUGGUCAACAAACAUCUGCAGGAGAUCGCAAUAUUCCACAGGAAGUGGUUUUCUGAUGCAGUGGGCAGGGCUAAGAAGCUGGGAGUGGAGGUUGCUAGGCCGGAUGAGAGCUCACCUGAGACUGGCGAGGCAGUUGCAACUGAAACCCCUCUGGAGGAUUUCUACAGAGAGACUCUGAGCAGGCAGAUCUUACAGUACCUUGUUGCGGAGGUAAAGAGGGUGUUCAGCACGGAGAUGGUACGGAUUCUGAGAUGGCUCUCAUUGGUGCCGUCUUACAUGGCUGACCACAAUUUCAGUAUCCGCAGGGAUAAAGUGGCGGACGCAAACUUGAACAACCUCGCUCGGCCCGACACCUUUUACGAUGAGCUUGGUUGCUGGGAGGUGAAGUGGAGACAUGCCAGCAAGCGGAGGAUCCUGCCCACAACAGUGUUUGCAACAUUGAAAAUCCCAGACAUUGCAUUUUACCCAAAUGUGCAGAGCCUGCUGAGAGUUUUGGGCACCAUCCCCUGUGUGAACGCAGAGGCAGAUGUGUAUGGGCAGUACAACAUGGUGCUGGAGCGGUACCAGUCUUACCUGAAAGCCACACCGGAGGAUAAGAGACUGUGCAACAUGGCAUUUGUCUAUGUCAAUCAAGACGUGCACUUCAAUGUGGAAGACAUGGUUGAGUCCUAUGUGGAGAAGCAUAUUGACAUAUUGCAGUUUUUGCAUAUGGAUGAUGAGGUAAUAGAGAUGCAGCCUGACGCUGAACCUGUCUCUGAGAAUGAUGGGAAUCACACUCUAAAAGAGAAUGUACAAGAAACACAAGAAGAACCACAGGACAUACCCUCUGAGAUGGAGACCGAGAGAGUGGGGCAACCGAAACUCCCAGCCACAGAAACUAAUAAGGAGGCACUCAAAUCUGCUCUGCAGGUUGCUGUGACAGCUGCAUAUAACAGCCAGAGCAGACAGCCUGGUGAGGCCUCUGCUGAACAGGAUGGCGAGGUGGAAGACUCAUUGAAGUAUGUGUCAAAGUCUGAGAUGGAAGAAGUUCUUAGAGUAUGCGAGGAUGCUGUCAGGGAGGGAAUUCUUGUGGAGGUGGGCACUUCCUUUUUUUCUCUGUUCAUCGACCGUGUUGUGAAGUUAGGGGAGAAAAAACAUCUUCCUCUCUUCCUCAGGUUUGUGGACAGUUUUGAUGUCAUGCGAUUGGAGCUCAUGGGAUUUCUGGAUGUGGAUCUUGACUGUGAUGCCAUGUCAGAGCGCAUAUUGGAAAUUGUCACCAAAGAGUGGCAUCUCGAUUUGUGUUACUGCAGAGGUCAGGCCUACCUAGGGUCCGGUGAUGUCUCCUACAAGCUGAAAGCAUUUGCCUGCAAAAUCCAAGAAAAGUACCCCCUUGCAAUAUGCACACACUGCUCUUGUUACUCAUUUAACAUAUGGUGGUCAAAAUCCACCCCUGUGUCAUCAGUCAAACGGGCCCUGGAUGUUUUUGAAGAGGUUUUGAUGUUUUUUGGGAGCAUGCCUAUGCUUGAGAAACAACUGGAUCAUGUCAUUGCAUUUGGACUUAGGGAAAGCUAUGAAAAGGUUCAAGAAUUGCAGGGGAAGUUCUGUACCGUCUGGCAGGAGAAGCAUGAUUCCUAUGAAGUUUUUGUGCAGAUGCUGGAGCCCCUUGUCGAAUGUUUGGAGAAAAUCAAGAGCAACCCACAGAGGUGGAAAUCCUCAUUCUCUCUAAAAGCUGGAGCACUGCUGCGUUUGAUAAGGGACUUUGAUUUUAUUGUGCCCAUGGUAGCCCUGAAGAACACCUCGUCCUUCACCAGGGAACUGAGUGCAGGACUCCAGAAGGAUCAUUUCAGUGCAGCAUCCCAACUCUGCCAGAUCAGUGGUAUAGUGGCUACUCUUAACAGGGUCAAAACAAACAUCAAAGUAUUUCACCAGAAUUGGUUUGAUGAAGCUUGUGCGCUCGCCCAGAGUCUAGGUGUGCAGAUAAAAGUGCCUGAUAAUUCCUCUGCGUCCAGGGAUAGCAUGAUGAAACCAGCUCUGUAUUACAAAGAUGCACUAAGUGUGCCCCUAGUGGACAACCUCACCAAUGCUGUUAAGGAUCAUUUCUCUGAGGACCACAAGGAGGCCCUAAACUUCCUCUCCCUGGUUCCCUGCUCUGUGACUGUGAGUUACAUGUUUGAGAUCCUGAGGUCAAAGCCUCCUCUCUACGCCAGUGAUCUGCCUGACUCCGACAACUUCUUCACUGAGUUGUGCUGCUGGAGGGUGAAGUGGAAGACCAAAGUUGCAUCCGUGACCAUCCCAGACACUAUCUUUCAGACUCUCCGUCUGCCACUCAUGCAGUACUUUGGGAACAUCAACACACUGCUGAGGAUCAUGUCUGUGCUACCCAGCACAGUACUGGAGAACUGUGGGGAAGUGAUGCGCCACAAGAUGUUCCAGGAAUACCUGAGGAACACCAGCCCCAAGGACAGGUCCCCAUGUCUGGCCAUGCUGCAGGUGGGAACCAACUUCAGCAGAGAUCUGGACCGGAUGGUGACUAAGUGCUUGAAGGUCACUCCGCAGGCUUUAGAGGGCAUCUGCUUGGAUAAAGAAUCCAAAAGUCUGAUGAAGAACUCUGAAGCCAACAUGGAAGUCGAUCAUGGCAAAGAUGGAACAAAGGACCUUGAGAAUCAGUCUUCUGACAAGAAAGAGAACCAGGAAAUGAAAGCGGUGGAUGAGAAUGGGCACACUGGAGAUAAUCGACAGAGUUUGGAAAUGGUUUUCAGACUGGCUGCACGUCUAGGGAAAAAGAAGUGUCAGCUCUCCGAACUCUCCAAAGAAGAUCAAGUCCUUCUCAUCCAGGAUCUCGGCCUGUGCCACUGGUUUGGAAGAGAUGGCAAGUUCACGCUUAACGUAGGAGAGGAGGAAAUGGUAGAGCUUCUCACAAAAUCCAUCAGGGAAGUCAUACUCUUAGAAAUACAGGAGUCCCCCUUCUUUUCUCUUAUCACAGAUAAACCUGUUGUAAUUGCUAAUAAGAGCUAUCUGCCUGUCUUUGUCAGAUAUGUUGGGGAAUGUGCCCCCAAGGUAGAGCUCAUUGGUUUUUUGCGAUUUUUUGAAACCUGUGACGUUGAUGUUCAAGUCAAGAAUCUUUCAGCAACUAUAAUCGAAGACUGGGGAUUGCCGAUGAGUCAGUGUCGUGGACAAGCAUUCAUGCGCAUGGGCUCAGGUUGUCACAGCCUGAAGAAGAUGUCUUUGGAGUUCCUCGAGAGCUAUCCUCUGUCUGUCAUCACACCCAGUGAGUCUUGUGGUCUUGCCUGUUGGCUAGCAGGAAGUGUACACUGCCCACCUGUCACAAAGAUGCUGGGAAUUGUGGAAGAUCUUCUACUGUUCUUUGACCAGUCACCUGGUCUAGAGGCAGAGCUAGCACAGGCCGUGGAUGGGUUACUGAAUACACCUCGGGAGGCCUUGGAGGAGAUUCCAGAAACCUGUUGCUCCAGGUGGAAGAAGAGGGAGGACUUUUUUGAUCUCCUAGUCGACACAUUGGAGGGAGUCUUGAGUUGCCUGGAUUCAGUUAGUUCCAGCGCCACGGGCACUAUGUCGCUACAUGCACAGGUCCUCGCCACUGCUUUGAGAGAGAUGGAUUUUGUCGUCACACUUGUAAUCCUGAAGAACGCAUGUUCUCCUCUUCGAAACUGCAGCACUGUUUUCCGCUGUGGUAACCCUGCUGACAUCAUCUGUGAGGUGGAGAAGAUCGUACCAAUCAUAGAGACACUGAACAAGAUGUUGGAGAACAUAAGCACUGUACACACACCUUGGUUUGAAGAGGCAUUCCAACUAGCAUCCAAGGUGGCCCCUCAGCAAGUAUGUUUCCCAGAGGAAGCUAACUCUUAUGAGUCUCCAGAGGUGUACUACAGGGACAACUUUAGUGUUCCUGUACUGCGCUGCCUCAUUGACGAAAUGAAGUACAACUUCUCCGACAGUCAUUUGAAAGCCUUGAAGCUCCUGUCUCUUCUUCCCACCUGCAAUCCACAGCCCAUUUCAGAGCCAAUCCGCGCAGAGUCCACAGAUAAGCUAUACAGUCUCUACCUGUCUGACCUCCCUGAUCCUGACACAGUAGAGCAGGAUAUCAGUAACUGGGCCACAGUGUGGAAAGAUAAAUAUCAGGACAUGUCACCACCAGCUUCUAUCUCUGAGAUACUGCUUCACCCAGAAUCUCAAAGCCAUCCCACAGUGACAAUGCUGCUCAGACUGGUGGCUGUUCUACCGAGCGUCAGUAUGGAGUGGGACCUGAUGAAGACCACCCUGAACUCCAUGAGGGCUCUGCUGAAGAGCACUGUCUGCAAGGGCAGCAAAACCGACACCGUGAUGCUUCUCAUGCAUUACCCAACUGUUCAAAGACUAAGGGAGGUCAUUGAGAAGUGCAUCGAAGUUGACCCAGAAAGCAUCCCAUGUCUUGAGCAGGUGAAGAAACAAAUGAAAGGUCUGAAGCUGGAAAGUGAUUUCAGAGCUUUUGAUGUAAACCCUGAUGAGAGACAUGAGCAGACAGUUGAGGAACACCAAGCUGAUAUGGCAGAACAACCCCUUGCUGGAGAGUUGCAAGAGGAGGACGGCGUGCUGAUGGCGGAGGACGGCGUGCUGAUGGCGGAGGACGGCGUGGCGCUGGUGGCGGAGGACGGCGCGGCGCUGGUGGCGGAGGACGGCGCGGCGCUGGUGGCGGAGGACGGCGCGGCGCUGGUGGCGGAGGACGGCGCGGCGCUGGUGGCGGAGGACGGCGCGGCGCUGGUGGCGGAGGACGGCGCGGCGCUGGUGGCGGAGGACGGCGCGGCGGAGGACGGCGCGGCGGAGGACGGCGCGGCGCUGGUGGCGGAGGACGGCGCGGCGCUGGUGGCGGAGGACGGCGCGGCGCUGGUGGCGGAGGACGGCGCGGCGCUGGUGGCGGAGGACGGCGCGGCGCAGGAGGGCGCGGCGCAGGAGGGCGCGGCCCAGGCGCAGGAGGGCGUCGCCCAGGGGCAGGCGCAGGACGGCGUCGCCCAGGGGCAGGCGCAGGACGGCGUCGCCCAGGGGCAGGCGCAGGACGGCGUCGCACAGGGGCAGGCGCAGGACGACGUCGCCCAGGGGCAGGCGCAGGACGGCGUCGCACAGGGGCAGGCGCAGGACGGCGUCGCGCAGGGCGCCGUUGCCCAGGGGCAGGCGCAGGGCGGCGGCGCGCAGGACGGCGUCGCACAGGGGCAGGCGCAGUACGGCGUCGCACAGGGGCAGGCGCAGGGCGGCGUCGCCCAGGCGGAGGAUGGUGUUGUAAUGGUAGAGGACAGGGUCGUAGGUCAGAGGCAGGCUAUGUCUUUCUAUGACCCACCUGUGCGUGAGGAAAUACUUAAGGAACUCUGGGACUCACAGUUCUUUACAAUAAUAACGGAACAGGCGGUUGAGAUUGAGGGACAGCUCUAUGUCCCCCUGUGCAUCAGGUACUUGGACAAACAGGACACUCAAUGCGAGGAGACUGUAGCUUUCAUCCCGUUCAGCCAGGACACUGCUGUCUUGGCUGAUGCUAUUGAAACAGCCCUAUCAGAGAAAUGGGGGCUCAAUAUGGCAUACUGUAGAGGGCAAGCUUUGCUAAGUGUUGGUGAGGUAGGAUCUCGGAUGAGAGCUGUAUCUGCUGUAAUAGCCCAGAAAUACCCCCUGGCCAUGCAAAUGGUCAGCUCUGCUGUGUCUCUGAAUGUGUGGCUAGCCAGGUCAUCUCCUGCAGUGGCAGCAGCAGACUGUGCAGUGUCUGUAGAAAACAUGUUACAGUGGCUCACAGAGGAUGCAGAACGACAGAUCAAACUGGAAGAGGUGAUCAUUGCCAUAUUCCAACAUGAUGAGGGGAAGGGUAAUGAGCUUAGGGACAAGCUUAUUAAGAACUGGGAGAAGAGUCAUGAUAUGCAUGAUUUGAUGGUAGAGCUCCUGGAGGUAGUCAUGCUGUGCUUGAAUGAGCUGAAAAGUGAGGAGAAUAGCUUAGGGAGUGGCCAAGCACUGCUUUACUUCGAUAAAGUCAGACGUUUUGAGUUCAUCUUCACGGCUGUCGUGCUGAAGAAUGUCCUAAGCUCGACCAAAAAGCUGAGCCAAUCUCUUCAAGGAAAACCCCUAGAUGUGUUGCUAGCUAUGAAUAGCUUGCCCGAUCUCCUAACUUCCCUCAAUGAAUUGAAGAGCAAUAUCGACACACAUCACAAGGCCUGGUUCAAGGAAGCUGUCUCUUUAGCUUCCAAGCUGCAGAUAACGUUGUUGCACUCUGCGCUGCUAGAACCCCUGAGUCAGUUUUACAAAAUGGCGGUGAGUCAGAAGGUGAUAGAGCACUCCAUUGCUGAGGUCAGUGAGUUCUUCACAGAGAAGGUCCUCAGUACCCUGAGGUGCCUGGAGAUUGUGCCUUACGCCAUGUCGAAGCUAGAAAACAGCAGUGUAAAUGCUCACGUUUUACGCAUGUACAAAGAUGACAUGCCUGACCUGGUCUCACUCCCAACAGAGAUGAAGUCUUGGAGAGAGAAGUGGUUGGAUCCCAUGUCCGGGUAUCUUCCAGCCACUGUACUCGACACUCUGAAGGCAUCAGACAUUAGGAGCUUUAGUAACAUUGAAACCCUCCUAAGACUCCUGGUCAUCCUACCAUUUUCCCGGAGGGAGAGUACCUUCAGGCAGGGAAAGAGAAGCCUCCAGGGGUUCAUACAACAGGAGACCAGGUCUCUUUCUGAACUUCAUCCUCUGUAA